GCCGAGGGGCGUGCCACCCGGUGCGAGGGACAGAGUAGAACAAUUACGGAGAUGGACGAAGGUUCCAGAAGGGGCAGCGAUGUGACUGGGCGGGCCGGGCACUAAAGGGGCAGACGCGGCUGGAUCCCGUGGUGCCUCAGAAAUGGUGGUGGUUCUAGAAGGGUGGAGGUCGUGGUGGCUGGGACGCUUCCCUGCUUCUUGAGCAAACUCUCAGACCUCUAGUAGAGCACUUGUUUUCAUCUGGAAAUCCUUUUGUGCUCAUUCAUACUUGUUCAUCAAGACCUUUGAGUCCUCAAGGGCCGAAUUUAUCUCUAAACUGAAAAAUGGAAAGUAAAGUACCUUUAUUCUGCCAGGCAGAAGAAAAGAGCGAUUUAUCAGAUGAAGGCUGUAAUUCUCUUGCAACCAACUUGCCAUUGAGACAUAUUGACAACAAGAAAGACAUCAAGUUUUCUCAAAUGACACAGAAGACAAUUUCACAUGAAAUUAGGGGUUUGAGGCUAGAGCACACAAAAAGGUAUGAAACAUCAAUAUUCCUCUGUGGAGAAGAGAAAUCCUCUGAUUUUUCAGGAGAGAAAAAGUUCAGAAGAAAGAAAAGUUUACAAGUACAGUUGCAUACUGAAAGAACUGAGAUUGCCUCUUCCUCAGUGAAGCUGUUGAAGGAGAAGAUGACUAAGAAAGAAAGGUCUUCACUCAAGUUUCCGAAUCAGUACAGUGUUCACAAGACUUUAUCACCCCUUUGUACAUCUUCCUCAAUUAUUCGGAAAAGGGAAAUGGUUUCUAGCCUCUGCAAGACAUCAUAUAAUGAAGUACCUCAAGGACACUUACACUCACAAGAAUUAAGCGCACUUCAGAAGGCCUGUAAAAUUUUUAGCAAAAUUCAAAGUGGUAAAAUUUAUGUGAAUGAUCUGCCAAUGAUCCAUCACACCUUGAAGAUUUUUAUAAGUGAUUCGGAAAUGCAAAAGGCACUAAAGACUGUUGAUAUUGAUGUUAAUGGAAUGCUGGAUUUUUCACAUUUCCUUAAGACUGUGAAUGAUGUUUGUUAUUUGGUCUCCCAGGAUCCAGCAUUCCAGAAUGCCUUGAAGAUUUUCUGUAGGAUAAAAAGUGGUCGAGUUGCGACUGAUGAACUGGCUGCUGUUUUGGAUAGCAUGGAUAUUCCUGUAAUUCCUGAAACUUUUCAGGAAGUGAUAAAACAUGCUAGUAUAGACAGUAACCACAUGGUGGAUAUUAGAGAUAUUCUAUUUAUUUUGGAUGAACUACAGCACCAGUAUGAAGAUUUUUCAGUUAUGGAAUCAUCAGCCUUGGAUGAAUCUACUUCAAACAGAAAGUUAUCAAAUAUAUCAGAAUGUUAUCCACAGUAUAGGAUGAAAAGCAGUUUCUCUUCCAGACUACGUGAACCAUCAUUAUUCCCAAAGUUAAAUGGAAAACACCUCCAAUAUCAUAAAAUUAUGGAGGAUAAUGAUUACCUUGAACUUAAAAGAUCAAAAAAUCCUUUGCAAAUAAAAAAAUUCCUAAAUGGGGUUGAUAGCAGUGAUACAGGAUUCUGGGAACCAUAUUCAAAGGAUGGCAUAAACUUUAAGAAAAGUUCAGAGAAGAUUGAAAUUCAUGACUCAAAGUCUACGUCACAUAGCUUGAAGAGCAUUACAAGCCUCAAAAAGUCUCUGGGUAAAAGUGAUAAUUUUAGUAUCCCCAAACUUCAGAAGCCAGCUGUGAGAAGGCAUUCCAGCCCCCUAAAACAGGUUUCGUCGAAAGAAAAGAUUGCAGUGAAUGCUCUGGCUAUCAAUAAACUCCAAGAAAAUUACAUUGCUGCAGAAAAACUUCAAUCCAUUUUGCCUUCAAUAGGAGUUACUUUAUCAGACAAAGAGUUCAAGGAGAUUGUGGCAAAGACUACUCAAAAUGGAAAUGGAAUGGUGAAGUUAGAUGACUUUAUGAGCGCUCUCUCCAAGGAGCAAAGUCUUCCUGAAUGUGAUGUGUUGACUGAUGUCAUUAAAGCCAUUGAUAAAAUUAAAGAUGAAAAUAUUGAUUAUGAGGAUAUGAAUACUUGCCUUCAGCAUUUUGGAGUUUACCUUUCUAAGCCAGAAUUUGAGAAGAUCACAGAGUUGACUGAAGCUGACAAAACGAAAAAAGUGAAUUUUAAAGAUUUCAUUGAUACAAUGAUGACCAAUACGGAACGCUUCUCUGAAAAAUUAUUAUUGCCUGAUGCUAUUGAAAACCUCCAUAAUCUCAGCAAAGGGAAGAUGAAGAUUUCUCACCUGUGGACCACUCUGUCUAACUUGAAUAGUAACUUGAAAAAAAAUGAAUUCCUAGCUGCGCUGAAAUUAACAACAGUGGAUGAAGAUGAUGAAGUACAAAUAGAAGAAUUUGGACAAGUGGUAAAGGAUAUUCGUGAUGCCUCCAGGUUAAAAGAGUUACAAGACAUUGUCUUAGCUCUUGAUGGGCUUGAAGGUGACAUGAUAUCUGGGAAGAACUUGGAGAGCUUUCUAGGCAAUAUUGGGAUUAAGUCACCUGAAGAAGAGGUAGAGAAAAUUCUUCAGUCAGGUCUUGUUUCUGAUGACAACAUGGUGAAUGUUAAAGACUGUAUGAAGGCUUUGAAGGACACUCAGAAAUUUUCCACUUUUGUUGCAUUGAAUGACAUCAUCGGUACAUUGGAAUGUAUGGAGGAAAGUGAUCAGUCUGGCAAGGACAACUAUGCAGAUGUACUUGGAAACACCAAUAGAAUUUAUUUCACUGAUAAUAGUUUUCAAGAAGUACUGGAUGAUUCCUUGCUCGAUGACUUUAGGAAAGAGGCUUUGUCUUCAAAUCUGAAACUACCAACAGCAGAUGCAUUUAAAGAAGCUGCUUAUAUCUUGACAAGUGUUGAUAAUGGCAAGAUUGGCAUACGUAACUUGGAGCAUGCCCUGAAAAGUUUGAAUGUUAAUUUAGCUGAGGAGGACGUCAGUGAAGCCCUUAAAUAUUGUGACAUCAGUGAUAAUAAUGAGGUGAAUUUAAAAGAUUUCUUUGAAAGAAUUAAAGGAAGUCCACCUUUCAGAGAGUCCGUAGUUACACAGCUACUCUUCAUUACUAUUCAAAUUCUCCAGAAUGAUCUAAUUGAUGUCUCUAGCCUCAAGGCAUUAUUGAUGAACAAUGACUUUCAUGCAGCUAAUGUUUUACUUGAUGAAGUAUUAAGACAUGGACCUGAACAUGAAAAUGGCAAGGUUACCUUUGAAGAAUUUUUUAUUAAGUUCUGUGAUACAUUGAACAUGCCUAAAGCCUCAGGAAAUAAAAAUCAAUUUUACAACAUCAACAUUUACAAAAAUGAACUUAAAGACAUUCCUGUACUUCAGCAAAAUUUAAAUGCCAUUGGAAUCUAUCUAACAGAUGAUAAAAUAAAGGAGACUUUGGAUAACACUAAUCCUAAUGAUGAAGUGGCGAGUUUUAAGGAUUUCAUCAGAGAAUUGAACAACAGUGAUGAAUUUAUCGAGUGCCACAGAAUAGAAGAUGCAUGUAACGUUGUUGAUAGUGUCUUUGAUAGGAAAGUUGAAGUUAAAGACCUUUUAUCUGCAUUGGAGGGCCUGGAGAAACCUUUAAAUGAAGAAAAACCUGAGGUGUUACUGAACUCUGAAACAGAUGAAAGUAAAAAGAUCUUAAAAGAUGUAAUUGAUGUUUUCAUUAAUUCACCUAAACCAUCAACACCAUUCAAUAAUUUAUUUAAAGAGAUUACAACUCUUGAUAAGAUCAGAAAUGAUAAGAUGCCUAUAAAUGAGCUGAGGUCCCAACUCCGGAAGGCUAGAAUUCUAUUAAGCAACAAGACGUUCCAGGAAAUUCUGGGUCAAGCAUCUAUUGAUGAAAAUAGUGAAGUAAGUCUCAAACAAAUUUUGGAGGCUUUGAACACAAAUAAGCCAGCUCCUGAAUUUGAAGGUUUAUGUACUGCCCUCCAAACUGUCAACUUGAUGAACUGCAACAGAAUUCAGAUUGGUGACUUGAAAGAUGCUUUUGAUGACCUCAAUGUUUCUGUAAAGCCUGAAGAACACCAGAUGUUAGUGAAAACGCUUGAUAUUGAUGAAAAGGGAGAUUCUUCUCUAAAGACUGCCCUUUUAGCACUGAAGAGCAUUAAGCGUUUUCGAGAUUUUAGAGAGGUUAAUGACCUUGCAAAGGCCUUAAACAAAGUCACCAAUGAAAAAGUUGUUGUUGAUGAUAUAAAACCUAUACUGAAAGGCUUGGGGAUUUAUUUGCCAGAGGAAGAAUUGCAGGAGAUGCUUACAUCCAUUUCUCUUGAUAAUGAGGGGAAAGUGAACUUAAAAGAUUUCCUGACUCAGUUAAUGAAAAUACCAUAUUUUACAAAAGUUCAAAAAAAAGAAGGCCCCUUGAAAACUUUGGCUGCCAUUAGGAAAGAUGAGGUCACUCCUGAUGAUCUAGACUCCAUGAUGAAAAAUAUAGGAGUUCCAUUACCCCAAGAUGCGAUUCAAAGAUCCCUGAAGAAUGUGGCUAUCACGGGAAGUAAGGUUGAUGACAGCAACUUAGACACUUUUCUAGGAAACAUGAAGAUGGAGAUGUCAGCUGAUGGAAGAGUUGAACCUAAUAAACUAAUGAAUAAAGCUGAAACUGUUACAGGAGAGACAGUAGCUGUCAGAGACCUGGACAAGAUACUAGGGAACAUGGGCUUUGAACUCACCAAAGAAGAUUCUGGAGAGAUGAAAAGAAAACUUCCACUUUAUGGAGGAGAAGUUGACCUCAGUGACCUGGAAAAUGUCUUGCAAAAUAUGGGGAUAGAGUCCUCACCAGAGCAUUCGGAGCUAAAGAAAUUACUUCCAAUUAAUGCUACAGCUAGUAGAAGAAUAUAUAAGACUAGUUUGCUGAAUUGUGCAGAUGUAAAAGGUGAGUGAGAUUCAAAUAAAG